AUGGAAAAGGACACAUAUCACCUGAUCAUAAGAAUGGAAUUAAGAAAAUACAAGGACCAUUUGAAAGAAGGAAUAGUUAUCCAGGAAGAAAUACAAGCUACAACAAUAGGAAUACAGGAUAUAGUAAAACCAACAACUAUAAUAGGAAUGGAAAUAGUUAUAACACUGGUUAUAAGAAAAGAUAUUGACAACACUCGGA